AGAACAGCCCGAGGCCGCCCUGGGCCCGGCGGUUGCCAUGGAGACCGAGAAACGCUGGGCCCGGCCUACCUAGGCGGAGCCCGCUCUUGGCGCAGGCUGGGCUGGCCUGGCCGUGCUCAGGUUUCAAAAAGGCGUUCUCAGUUCAUCCAGGGGAAAUUCUGUUGCAAACCAAUCCAGAGCCCAGCAAUCCUCUGCAACAUGACUCUGGUGGGUGUAUCACGUAUCGUCCCCAGUGGGAAAGUCUACAGACAGAUCUUUGAUGAUGAGGUAAACCUCGUGCGGACUCUUGGGGAGACGAGGAGCAAGAUAGCCCAGCAGAAAGUUCCACCAAACGCAGGGCGCAUCCCCUUGGUUCGCGACCUGGAGACCUGCACAGGAAAUGGGUUCUUAUCGCAUCGCCAGACCAUGUGGGUUGAGAGCAUGCCCAACGACGACUUCACUGAAAACCCCGUGCUCUACAAGGAGUCUACAGCUCUGGCACUUGAAAAAGCUAAAGAAAGCAACACCGUGAUUGCUGCCCGGGAAGUCAGAGGCCUUGCUGAAGUCAUCAUUCAUGAGAAGAGAAACAGGAAUAUCAUUGAACGUAUCUCAGAGAGCAGGAAGGGCCGUCAUGAUGAAGCAGUAGCAGCCCUACGGCAGGAGUUAGCACAUGCUGGGAAGGAGAUGGAGCAAUGUAUUCUGGAGCCUGGGAUAUCCUUUCUGAGCAAGCUGGCAGAAUCUGAUAAAACCAUCGAGCGCAUUUUCUUGAGAGCUGAAAAGGACUCCGAUCUAAUUACCUACACCACACAAGACUUUGACGAGAUGUGGAACCUUAUCUGCCAGCAGUCCUUGCUAAGAAGGCAGUGGAUCAGAGAGCUGGACGAAGCCUUGCGCAAGGCAGAAGUGGAUCGAACCGAACGGAUCAAAGCCUUGCUGAAAAGAUGUACCAAGAUUCUAGAGGACAUUGCCUACUUCCUGUCCCCGGAUGUUCACAGGCUGAUACACAAUGAAGCCAUGAUGAUAAACCAAGCCCUGCUGGCCAACCGGAGAGCAAUCGCCAGGCUGUUUAUGAACCUGAUGGAGGCAGACCUGAAGCAGGAGGUCUUUCAGUGGUACCAACUGGAAGAAAGAAUAAACAUCUGGAGAGCUGUGCAAAAAGAUCAUAUAAUUUGCAGUUUCAGAGAGUUUAUGGAUAGUGAAAGAAUCCAGGACCCGAGCGCCGUGAACACAGAACUGGAGAACAUGCUGAAAGAACAACGGUCACUCAGUGAGAAGAGGGCAGAACUUCUGAAUUAUCUCGGCAAUGUAUUGCCUCUGUCACACACAAAGGCCAAGAUCAACGAAUGGUAUGAAUCUGUCGUGGCUUUAAACAAACGUAUAGAUACCCACAACGUGCAGUGCAUGAUGAGAAUCCGCCUCCAGUAUGAGAAAGUUUGCCAGGAGUGUCUGGCAAAAGUCCAGGAUUGCAAGCAAAAACUGUUGGAGAUGAAAAUCUGUACGGAGAAAGAGGCCGAGAAGGUGGUGAACCCCCAUUUCUUUCAGCUGGUUGGGAGGUUGCAGAGUCGCUUUGAACACGAGGUGGAAACGAUGGAUAAAGAUUUUGAGCACCUGGUUAAGCAUACGGAGAUCAACUGCAGCCACCUCUACCAGUAUUUCCAGGAUGCUCAAGUCCUCUUGGAUACACACCAGCAAAACCUCAUUCAUCAGGAGAAUGACCUGUAUAGUAAAUUGAAUGAAUGUCGGAACAAGCACGAAGGUCUGAACAAGUUAAGGGAAUCACACUUGGAUAUGUCUAUGGACAAGCUGAGGAUUCAAAGCACCGAUGAAAAACUGAAGCUCCAGCUAGAAAAGGUUUAUGCUGCCUUGGAUUUCAUCCGAGCUGGGUAUGAGCUCUUCCACCAAGACCUCAUGGCCAGAGUAGUAGCUUACCCAGACCACGUUUUGCAGGAGCUGAUUUCCUACAGUACCUCCCUUAGUCGGUAUUUUCGUGUGAAGCAGAUCUACAAAGGGAAGCCAAUAAGGAAGGAACCAACACCUGAAGAAGAAGAAAUGGCCGAGAGCUACGAAGAAUCUGAAGACAUGGAGGAGACCCUGGAGGACAGCCUGGAGCAUGCUGCUGAAGAAGUGCUGGAGGAGGAACAUAUUCCUGAAGAGGCCAUGAAGGAGGACGCGGCCGAUGUAGAAGAACUUCAGCAGGCAGAGAAAGCGGGGGAUACGGAGGGCUCUGCUCAGGGAAGCGAUGUCCUCGGCGUCCUCGGAGACGGGACGAGUUUAGUGCUUGGAAGUGAUGAUCCAGACGGAUCCCUGGAAGGGAGCAGUAUUGUGCAGGAGGCUGGAGAUGUCCAGGGGAGAGAAGACAUUCUGGGAUCGGAAACGGUGAGGUUGCCUGACACGCCCUCAGAGCCAACUGAAGAGGCUACGGAGUUCUUCACUACUUCAGGUGGGAGCACUUACAAGGUGUUGGAAAACUCCAGCAAACUGAAGAUCAAGAAAUCUGAGAAAUAUUAUGCCGGGAAACUCAAUGAAAACUUCCUCCCUCCGUACCUGGAGCAGGUGUACCUCUCCCAAAGCUUUUUUGCAGACCUGAGAAGACGGAUCCGCCUGCAGUUCUUUGAGCACUUGGAGAACUGGUUUCCUCAAUCCGUGUCCAAAUCCUGGCUCAUUCUGGCGGCCAGGAAGGAGGAGCUGAACGCCGAACUGCAGCUACGCCUUCACCUGCACGAGCCCAGGCGCGAGCACAUCGAGAAGGACAUCUACCACGUCAGGAUAGCGGAACUGCGGCUGCACAGCGACCGGUUGACACGCCACUGUGCGGGCAUGCUGCAGGCCCUGAACAGCGAGCGAGCCUCUUUCUUCACGCUUCGGGAUGACCAGAAUGCCAUCAGCAAGAACUUCCGGCUCCGGAUCCAAGACAUGGAGAAUGUCUUCCUGACGGAGAGCAGAGCGGAAAAAUUGCUGUCUCUCAGCAACAAUCUCCACACGGAGCUGAUCAACCACGUGGAGAUAAUGCAGGUGUCCCUGCGGAGCUUCAGGCAGUACUUGGAAGAGGCUCUAGGGAAACUGCGGGAUGCAAACACCGACUUCCUUAAAGCAUGCAGAUUAUUCUCAGAGGGAGGUAACUUUUCCACAGAGGAAAUAGAGCACUUCAUCAAGCGUCUGGAUAAGGAGAACGGGCGCAUCGACUUUGUGGAAGGGUUGAUCAUGAUUGACAUGGAGAAGCUGGAGUCUAGUUACUUAGACCAGGCCACAGAGGUCAUCAACAAGUUCGAAAACAGAUUCCGUUACCUGGCUUUGGAUCGACUCUUUAUGGAUAAAAUCCAGCAAUUUUUGACAAGCAUUCAAGUGAAAAUCAAAACAGAGGUGGCCAAAUCCAAUUUGCAAACCCAGAUGCUGAACUCCCACCUGGACAAGCUCGUCAGCAGAAUUGAUGCCUGCACACAUCCCAAUGUGGAUAAAGAACCCAUCACCUCCGAAGAGCUCUAUGAGUGUGCCACGUUUGUGAUGGAAGAAAUGAAGAAGAGAAGCCUGUAUCUCAACUGCCUGCUAGGACCGGACACCAUCUUCUCUCUGGCAGACAAAAUUGACCCAGCCACACAGAGCUCUGCUGCAACCUCGAUGCUGACCGACAGUUUGCUGCAGGAGUACAGAACAGUCGUGAUGGGCAUCGAAAGCACGCCACUCUUGAAUGCAAGCAAGAUGGGGAAGCCAGCCUUCGACGACCCGGCAAUCAGUGUCAUCAAGCAGCUGAUUGGACUCCAUCGCUCCCGAAAAGCUCUAGACCAGCUGUCCGAGAAGCAAGAAGGAGCAGGAGGAGGAGCAGAAGGGCCCUGCCCAGCCCCUCCCAUCCCGACAAUCUCCAUCGGAAGCCCCUACAGUGACAGAGUCCAGGGCCAUGGCGGUCACACCCCCACUACUGUGAAGAAGUCCAGCUCCAAAGGGACGGACGGAAGCACCGUCUCCGUGAAAUACACCAAAGCAACUCGAGCGGACAAGAAAACGCAGAUUUUUGGAGAAAGGCUAAAAGAUUCAGACUCUGGCAACUUUAGAGCUACAAUCUUCAACAUGGUGUGGGACAACUUCGACGUUAUGCUUAAUAUUGCUGAGGAUUUCUACAAAAAAGAUAAGCAUCAAAUCACUAGACCUGAAUUUCUGCAAGAAACCUACGACCAGUGCGUGGAAGUCAUAGGCCAGAAACUUCUGCUAUAUCUGGGACAGACAGAUGAAUACCACACUGCCUGCAUUUCCGAGUUCUGGAAUCAGCUGAAGAGAUUUGAAGGGCUGCUCCCGGAAGUCACCAAGCUGACAAUUGCCAAGCGCCUCCGGGAUUUCGAGCAACUCUUCGCCAGCUCCAUGGGACAGAUCCGGCGCAAUUUUCAGGAACAACUGCAGAAGUGGGACGCUGCAAAGGAGGAGAACAAGAACAAGCUGCUCCCGAGCCUGGGACACCCUGACAACUUGCCUCAGCUGGAGGCUUUGUGUCAAGAGGAGGAGGAAAGGCAGCGAGAUCAAGUCGAGGGGAUCUACUACUGCACCCAGAAGCUGCAGAACUGUGCCGUUGAGUGUGCCCAGAAGUUCAUCUCAGCGCUGGCUUCUCGCACCGAAAAGAUCCUCAUGGAGCUGGACAACUGCCUCACUGCUGAUGAUGUGCAGCUGAGAAAAAUCGAGACCCCCAGGGAGAAGACCAGCACUCUGAUCCGCCGCAAAAGAGCCGGGCUUUCCUUAGAACUGGAAGAAAGCAAGCUGAUGGCCGAACGAGGAAGCAGGACCUGGCCUGGAAUCCCAAGAACCACACUGCAGGGCUUCUUGAACCAGAUCAUCUGCCGCGAAACGGCUUCCAUGACGACCAGCAAAACCACCCUCGGCCACCUGGCUGCCGUGAGAGAGCGAGACGCUGUUUAUGUGAAAUUCAAGCAAACCCUUGAAGUGGAGUUUGCCCGCAUUAAGGAGGAGAACAAGGUCCAUCUGAUGAAGGCCGAGCACUGGGCAGACUGGUGGACCAAGUCCGUGCAGAAGAUCAAGGAGCUGUACAUGUGAAUCCGUCGCACGUUUCAUUCAAGUCUUGGUAGCUGCUUAUUUUUACCUGGAGGAAAAGAAAUAUUAUAUUUAGGAAUAAAAUUGUGAUAUUUUUAA